AUGCCCAACAAUGCCUGGGGUGGCGAUGGCUGCAUCGGUUGUGACAUAGGCACCGGCUUGCUGCAUCGCAUCCCUGCGCCCCGGCGGCCGCCGGGUGGGGCCUGUGCUCCUCAGGUCACUGGUGUCCCGCAGAUGCCCGCGGUGGCAAUACCGAAAGGUCCUGCGGCUGCUCCCAGCAUCACUGGCAUCCCUACGCCGGGCAUUCCAAUGCCUGGAGGGAUCCCAGUACCUGGAGGCAUUCCCCCACCAGGGGGCGUAGCGCCGGGCGCAUCGUCUCUGCCGGCCAUUCGCCCCGGCGGCAGCUGGGCGCCUCCAGCGCAGCCUGCGCCUGCGCCUGCGCCCCCGCCUGCGCAGGCUGGGGGAGCGACCAUCACCCCAGAGGCAAUGGCCCAGCUGCAGGCCCAGAUACAACAAAUGGGCAUAGGGGCUGCCGGUACGAACGGCGAGGUGAUCUCGCCCAGCUCCAUGGCAGAAAAUCCCAAGGCUCCUCCCAGUACGCCGAUGAAUGGGCAAGAGAUGCCACCUGUUGACCUCUCUGCGGCUAUGGACCCCAGCAAGGUCAGGGGCGUGGUGGCGCUGGCCGCCGCAAUGACGAUCAUCUAG